AUGGAUCAUCAUUGUCCGUGGCUGGCCACAUGCGUGGGACUCCGCAACUACAAGGCAUUUAUGCUCUUCCUUAUUUACACGUCAAUAUUCUGCUGGGCGUGUUUUGCGACAGCUAGUUUAUGGGUCUGGGACGAAGUAUUGAAUGAUGUCGUAUACGCCAACACUUUGAUGCCUGUGAAUGUUAUUUUACUCGCCGUUAUCUCUGGCAUCAUCGGCUUGGUGCUGACCGGCUUUACUGCCUGGCACAUCAGCCUCGCUGUACGAAAUCUAACUACCAUCGAGUCGUUAGAGAGUACCCGAUACCUUUCCCCUCUACGCAAAGCCCUCGAUCGCCAACGUGGUGAUUAUCAAGCAGCUCAUGGUCAGAGCGCUGACCAUGCUACGAGGAAUGGUGGCUUUGGCCAGCGACUACAGGGAUAUGGGCAGCAAAUACUUGAGGCGCAUGCCAAUGCUAUUCCAGGUGUGACCCGUGCAGAAGAGGGCGAAGAGAGGCCUUCACCAAUCGCAGAAGCCCAACACGGCCACUCUCAAGAUUAUAUGUCGUUCCUGCGGGAAUCCAACACUCACGGCACGCCCGCUCAAAAGGCCUUACAUCGUUCAUAUGAAGAUCUAGAAAGGCAAAGAGAGCGUGAGCGAUAUGAAGACUACCUUGACUCACGCGAUAGUGAUAAUAUUCCCAGUCCCUUCAAUCACGGAUGGAAGCAGAACCUGCGACACUUAUUUGGCGACAAUCCGUUCCUCUGGGCUCUUCCUAUUUGUAAUACCUCGGGCGAUGGUUGGUAUUGGGAGCCUAGUCCUGCAUUCCUCGAAGCAAGAGAUCGUAUCAGAGAAGAUCGUGAUCGCGAAAUGUCACAGUGGUUAGAACGACAACGACAGCAAUCUCAUGAUCAUUGGAUGAACAAUAACAAUACAGUUCAAACUUCGACCAGACCGGUACCCUUGCCACGCUUUCCCAAGAAUGAAACCAAUGUUUCUCAGCCGAAUUCUGGAGUUUCAAUGACUACUCUACGGCCAAAAUCUCCACGAGUCCAUCAUGAAGACAGCGAAGAUGACGAACACGAUUUGAAUUCGGACGAUGAUGAUGAGCUACAAAAACCGAGACGAGGACGGAAUGGCCAUUCACCCGGGAGCAAAGCUGAUAGAGUGCUUGGUAUCUCUCGAGAUCAAUUUGGAAGCCCGAAAGAUGAAUGGCGAGACUGGGAUUAG